AUGAAUUCAGGUGAGAUCAUGAAGGAGGAGUUCGCCGAUGAAGCUUACAGUUGGGCGACAAAGACAUCGUAUGCAACAGAUACUGAGCAAUCAUUGCUAGUAGCAAAUCGUAUCAAACAAGAAUGGGGUUUUAUUUGUUUAACGAUAUCAGGGUACCGGCAUCAACCGAUUGUCUUCGACCACUUCAUCUGUAUGCGAAUUGGACUAAAUACGGAAAAUAACGUCCAAAAGCUGAUGGCUCUAUUAGCUGCGCACAACUUUGUGGAUCUAACUGUCAUUCAGGUAUGGACAGAUUUCACAAUUCAAAACAAUAACAAUGCUGUUUGGAACUCAAUUGAAAGUACGCUUUUUUGGUGCUAUAAUAGUGUAAAUGGUAGUAAUAGUCCUGAAUGCAUUAUUGAUUUGUGCUUGAGCUAUUGCUUCUUCUAUUAUCCAGUCUUCUUUCAUUUCAGAUUUAACACUGUGCUAUCUCACGUACAAAAAGUUCAUCUAAAAAUGGCUGCUUUUCAGUGCAGAAUAUGUAAGCAUUACAGGACUACACAUGAAAGGAUACAAUCACAUGUGACGACUGUACACAAAGCGCGCUCCAACAAAUUCGAUUCGUCAUUAGCUGGUCCAAUAUCAGCCAAUGACAUGCAACUGAUGGAAAGAAUGAUUUCCAUUUGCUUUCCGGGAGUAAGAGUGAAGCUUGAGAUCACAGACAGACUCUGCAUACGGACAUUUGAAUACAAUGGUGUAAAAACGUAG